AUGACGAGUAGCAGUAAUAUUGUAUUGGAGAGUUUUCAUUUGGCAAUUGGUGUACUGGAACUCGACGGAGGAACCUUUUUGACUCCACUUCUCUGUUUUCCCUUAACCUACUUAUUCCGUAGCUUCGAAUACGUUCACCCUGGUCCUACGUUUCUUGUUUUCGCCAUCCUCUAUCAAUACUUUUACAUUGUUCCCUCUACGAUUUAUAUUCGCUUUUUUGAAAUUUCAAUCACAGAUAAAAUUCAAAUGUUGUUCCCUCUGAUGGGAUUAGCAUUGUUCAACUCUCCUAGUUCACUCUUCAACGCCCUCUUUGGAUGGACAAUGGGAAUGUUUUAUUAUCAUGGCUUGCUUCCCUAUACAUCUUGGCGUCUGCCAGCUCGCUUUGUGCCUUCCGUUUCUUCGUCGCCUCAUAUAUUCAUUCGUCCACCCCAUGCCGAUACCCAAGCAUCUUUGGAGUUUGAUCCCUCUACUUUAUUUUCUGCGUUUUCGACCAAUAUUAAUGCAAAUCGUCAAGCAGAUGCACCUGAUACAGAUGAAACGGCUUCUGCAACUGUUCCAAAUGUUCAAAGAGAAAAUACACCUUAUCCUGCCGCUGAAGCAGGUUUCACAUCCAGCUCAUCAAGAAACGUUUCUUCCCGAAAUCGACCUUCUGUUACUCGUCAGUCUUCUGCGUCUGUUCUGCCACCGGGACCUGCGUCUCAGUUGUAUGAUAUGAUUAGCGGUCGGUCGGAACGUCCUGAAUUGGCUGGUGUGAGAGAAGAAGACGUUGAAACUGUUCAAAUUAUUAUGCAAACAACAAGAACGCAAGCUGUCCAAGCCUUGUCACAAACCAACGAUGUUCAGCGGGCUGUUGAGCUUCUAUUGGAACAGCAGUCUUACGAAUCUUAG